GUCUAUCUUUCUCACAAUCUGUCUUCUUCCAUCCUUUCAAUCGUUCAUCUAUUCGCUUCUCACUGACUUCAGAUCAUUAUUCACUUCUAUCGUUGACCUUCAGUAUGGCAAUAUAAUAUUACAUUUGCCACUCUUGUUCGAUAUUUCCUACAGGUCAUUCAUUUUGACUGGUGCCACAACGAGCCUUCGACGAGAUUGAUCGCUGUAUCCUCGUAGGUUGGUUGAGCUCUGGUAACGGUCCAGGGUGCUACUGGUGCUGGUAACUAUCAUCUUGAGCACACUCUGCACUGUACGAGCGACACAAUGGACCAAGGCUCACCGCUCCGGCGGACCUCGACAAACAAUUCCGAAAGUGCUCUGGACGACACUUCUUCUUUGACAGCAGUAUAUUCGGGCUCUUCUUCCGUUACGUCGUCUCGGCCGCCGAUGUCUCUUGGCCGGCCACCCUCGACACACUCGCUAUUGGCUUCUCACAAGAACCCUGAAGUCCGCAAGGCUCCUCAGACUGAAACUACCAAGGCUUCGGCCGACCGCUCUAGUAUAAGUAUGCCACCUCCCUCGUCCGCGCCCACCAUCAACAGAAGAUUGUCUACCUCCCUGAACUCCUUGAGGUCUCACAGAAGAUCUCAAGAUGACGCUAGAAGCCCGCCUGGUUCAGUCAAGAGUCUGGACGCUCCCGUUCUGGGGACCUCGCCCACGACUGUGCAGGUUUCUACAACAGCCUGCGACCCUACUGCGGUCACCACUGCCUCCACCUCAACAUCCCCAGGCCCUCCUGUCCUUUCACCUCCCGUUUUCGAUCCAAGCAUUCCUAAUCCUUCAGAUCUAGUAUCAUCUCAGGCCACGCUUCCAUCAUCCGCCACCAAGAGUGAUACCUCGAUUCCCGCUGGCCAAACACUAGGAUCUACGACUAGGACCGAUGGUUCCGAGACUGUUUUGCCCAACCGGGCUCCUCGAGUUCCCAAACCUCGCUCGAUCUCCUCUACUCGACGCCUUAGUGGCACGGGCUCCUCCAAGAACGAUAACGGAAGCACUGAAAGCAAGAUAUCAAUGGGAAGAAUUGGGGUUUGCGCCCUCGAUGUCAAAGCCCGAAGCCGUCCCAGCCGUCAAAUCUUGACUCGCCUUCAAGGCAACGGCGAUUUCGAAGUUAUCGUCUUCGGUGACAAAGCUAUUCUUGAUGAAGAUGUGGAGAACUGGCCUAUCUGUGAUUUCCUGAUUUCGUUCUUUUCGGACGGAUUCCCUCUCGACAAGGCCAUCGCAUAUGUCAAAUUGCGGAAACCCUUCGUGGUCAAUGACCUACCCAUGCAGAAGGUUCUGUGGGACCGUCGACUCUGUCUUAAGAUUCUGGAUCAGAUGCAGAUUCCCACCCCCAGACGUAUUGAAGUUAAUCGAGAUGGAGGCCCCCGCUUGGAAUCAGCUGAACUUGCGCAGCAUGUUUACAAUAUGACAGGAGUUGUGUUGGAAGGCCCCCAAGAUGGCACAGGAGGUGGAGCCCCUGCGGCAAAAUCUAUCGAGCUGACAGACGAGGGUGACACAAUCGUUGUCGACGGCAAAUCGCUGAAGAAGCCUUUCGUCGAGAAGCCUGUCAAUGGGGAAGACCACAAUGUCAUCAUUUACUUCCCUAGAUCUCAGGACGGGGGAGCAAGGAGACUUUUCCGCAAGAUAGGCAACAAGUCGUCCGAGUACGAUCCUGACCUCAUUACGCCCCGUUCCAUUACCGAACCAGGAAGCAGCUACAUCUACGAACAAUUUCUGAGGACAGAGAACGCUGAAGACGUGAAAGCGUACACUGUUGGACCAGACUACUGCCAUGCAGAAACAAGAAAAUCGCCUGUCGUUGACGGACUGGUUCGUCGCAAUACUCAUGGGAAGGAACUCAGGUAUGUGACCAAACUUAGCGACGUAGAAAGAGAAAUGGCUGCGAAGGUUGCUCGAGCUUUCGGGCAGCGCAUCUGUGGCUUUGAUCUGUUGCGUACAGGGAAUUCCAGUUAUAUCAUUGAUGUCAAUGGCUGGAGCUUUGUCAAAGACAAUGAAGACUACUACAAUGACUGCGCCAAGAUCUUGAGAGGCAUGUUCGUCACGGAAAAGGUGAAGCUGGAGAACGGUUGGACUGAGGAGCCGUCACCGGAUUCAAGUGGUGAACUUCCAGUUCGCCGCCAGGGGGGCUCUAAUCACCCUCAUCGUUCAGCCCUUAAGACGAUUUUGAAGUCACCAAGUAUGAAUAAGCUCUCUCAGCAUCUGCCUCACUCCAACAGACAUCACCAGUCUACAGCUGCCACCUCUUCGAAAUCUUCGACGAUGACGACUCCCCUUAGCUCGCCGCCAACUAUGGAGAGAAGUACCAACGCGCAGACCAUGCCGAGAGCUAUGGACAAUACAGAAAUGCUACCUCCUCCAGUCGUGCAAACGGCACCGAUAGGCACUGCAUCAGGAGAGGCGAUGUCGUCUGCUAAGGAACAAGAUGCACCGGCUCCGAUGCCUAGCUCAAAACAUUCUUGGAAACUCAAGGGCUUCGUGACAGUCAUCAGACAUGCGGACAGGACUCCAAAGCAGAAGAUCAAAUUUACCGCUCAUUCUCAGGUGUUUGCUGAUCUUCUUAAAGGCCACCACGAGGAAGUACUGCUCAAAGGCGAAGCUGCUCUGGCAAGCGUUGAAGCUGCGGUCAAGACCGCACAGAAGGACCACCUCGAAGACCCAGACAAGUUGCAUAAUCUGCGAAUCGCCCUUGCAAAGAAAGGUUCCCAACCUGGCACGAAGGUGCAGAUCAAGCCAAUGUUUCGGAAGCGGAAACCGGAGGAGAUGCAGGCAAACAUGAGUGAUCCUGCCAACCCGAGCAGUCCAUCCGUGCUGUCGAUACCUGAGACAGAACCAUUUCAGAUCUGUGACUCGCCCCUUGCCGACCGUUCGGGCUCGAUACCGGAUCUGAAAGACCCUAAUCAAUUGCACCGGCCACAAACUAGAAGCGAUUCCAUGUCCGGAGCGACCUUUUCAAGGUUCUCGGCAGCGGAGAAUGACCUUGUCCUAGACAAAUUGCAACUGGUUAUGAAAUGGGGAGGCGAGCCAACGCACUCUGCCCGUUAUCAGUCUCAGGACUUAGGAGCUAACAUGCGUGACGACUUCAAGUUGCUCAAUAGAGAAGUGUUGAAUGAUGUACGCAUAUUCACCAGCUCUGAGAAACGAGUCAAGACCAGUGCACAAAUCUUUGCUGCUGCAUUCCUGGAUCGUCAAGACAUACCAGAAGAUUUUAUCCAGGUUCGUAAAGAUCUUCUGGACGACUCCAAUGCGGCUAAAGAUGUCAUGGACAAAGUCAAGAAGAAGCUUAAGCACCUUCUUCGCGAAGGCAGUGUCCCAGAAGCAUUUGCAUGGCCCAAAGACGUGGCGUCUCCAUUUGUGGUCAUGCAGAAUGUUAUCGAUCUCUUGAAAUUCCACCGGCGGGUCAUGAGGCACAACUUCAAGAAGCUUACAAGCGGGGCUGCCGCAUCACUCGCUGCUAUCAGUGGCAGUCCAGAAUCAAAGGAUGCGAACAAGGAGGGCUUGUCUGUUGCUUCCAUUCAGUCCCGAUGGUGCACUGGAGAAGACCCGGAACUCUUCAAAGAACGCUGGGAGAAGUUGUUUUCCGAGUUUUGCGAUACUGAGAAGGCUGAUCCCAGUAAGAUCUCCGAGCUGUACGACACCAUGAAAUACGAUGCACUCCACAAUAAGCAGUUCCUGGAAUGGGUCUUUACGCCUAGCCAAUCACUCCUGGACGACAUGGCCAAAGAGGAGAGUAUUGCAGCGUCAGCAAGUCCGAUUGAGCAGGAGCAGGUCGAGGGCUCUGUUUCACCUGUUGGUAAAAGCCGUCAUGAAAGCAAUGUGUCUGCUUCUGGUAGUCUCUCUGACAAACACUCGUUUGCUCACAAGAUCGGUUUGAGAAGACAAUCUAUCUUAAAACAGCCUGUGCCAGCUCCACCACUUAAUUCGUGGGAACAGGGUGCUUCUUACUUCAAGCUGUUCAGUGGGUCUUCCGAAAGCAAGUCAAGUCUCGAUCAACGUCUUGGUCGUCUGAGAGAACUGUACCGGUACAGCAAAAUCUUAUUCGACUACAUCGGGCCACAGGAGUACGGUAUCAGCGACGAAGAGAAGUUAGAGAUUGGCCUCUUGACUUCACUUCCGCUGCUACGAGAGAUUGUGGACGACCUCGAGGAGUUGCAAGCGUCUAGCGAUGCAAAGUCUUUCAUCUACUUCACCAAGGAAUCCCACAUCUACACACUCCUCAACUGCAUCAUGGAAGGUGGAAUCCAUACCAAGAUUAAGCGAUCCACCAUUCCAGAGCUAGACUACCUUUCCCAGAUCUGCUUUGAAUUGUACGAGGCCAAGGAUGCUGACACAGCCGAGUCGACUUAUUCAAUUCGCAUUUCCAUAUCGCCUGGUUGCCACACUAUUGAUCCCCUCGACAUUUCUCUCGAUUCCAAACAUGCGAUUGGAUCAGCACCAAGACGAUCCUUGACCAAUCAUCAAGACUGGAAAGAGGUUAUUUCGACGUUGAAAGCGAAGUUCAACACAGUCCAAUUACCGAAGAGUUUCCUCGCCGUCAACGUAAGCGACAAGCAUGAACAAGAGGCCGAGAGAAGAGCGAGUUAUUUGCAAAGCGAGGCCGCAAGAUUAAAGCAUGAGCGUGACGAACAAGAGAACGCAACUACAGUUGACGGUCAAAACAAUGACGCCGCUGAUGCAGAAACAACGGUGACUCGCGAUGCGACUGCCUCCGACUCGCUCGAAGUAACUAGAGAAUCUUGAAUGGUGGAUCGGUAGAAUUCCACAAAAUUUUCGACAUGCGACAGUCUGGUCAUGUAUAGAGCCGACCAAGGUUAUCAAAAGUAUUAGAAGGACAGGGUGAGGACACAAAAAUCGUGUUUGGGAGGCUGAGAUCGGCAAACACUUCCAGCAUAGGCUGUGAGAAGCGUGGUCCAGACAUGUGGAUAAGGCGUUAUCAGGACAGAUCAGGUCUGCCUAUGGCUUUAGUAAAUAGAGUCGGAGAUUGAUUAGAUGAAUUGUUUACGGCGCUUUGCUUGUCGCACAUCAAAGUAUUAUAUUGAAAAACAAUAUACAUUCAAUAGCGAACAAAGCCGAGGCUCGGUAUAGAGAGAUCGAUGUUAGCACGUAGCCGAACGUUGGUAAUAACGGUGGUGGUGGUGUUCCCUUGCAAUCAACUGUCAUGGCUGGAAAGGAAAGGGAAAAGAUGCACGCGACAGGGACAGGGACAAACGGACGGAUCACUUUUUAUACAGUACAGAAUAUCAGGGUGAAGCAAGGCAUUGAUCUCUCGGUCAGUGCAUGUCGAAAGCGAAGAACAAGUUUGGUUUGGG